AUGGCGAACCUUUCCCGCACAUCCCUGCGUGACCUCGGAUCUCUCCUGAAACCGAAGUUACUGAAUAGAUCAAAAUGUUGGCCGCUGAAUUUGAAUGGAAUUUUAGCUGUUAUGCACUCCCGGCCGUAUAGCAGUGCGUCACUCCCGCCAGAUGUAUCUCCGGAUAUUAGAAAAUCUUUAAAAGGACCUCUUGGCGUGGAAAAUACAACUAAUAUUCCGCUAAAAACCUAUAAUGUCACGAAAGUCGAUGCAAGACCAAAAUUGUCAGAACAUCAUAAGAUACUAUUUGAUGACAAAAAAAUUUCUAUCCCGUGGGAAGAGGGCAAGACAUCACAUUUCCAACAUUUGUGGAUCAGGGAUCAUUGUCAAUGCCCGGAGUGUUUCCACCCUGACACAAAACAGCGACUGUUGAAUACAUUUUCCAUUCCAAAUCAUGUUAGACCAGAAUCCGUUGAGGCAACUGAAACAGGCAUGCAAAUCUCAUGGAAGAACGGGCAUAAGAGUUUCUUUACGUGGGAAUGGCUGCAUCUACAUUCUUACAACCCACGACUCGAAAGAUAUUUGUCGCCGCAAUUCAAACUUUGGGGAUCCGAAAUUACGGAGUGUCCGCCUGAAGUGGAAUAUGAAUCGGUAAUGGAGACGGAGAAAGGGGUUGCGGAAUGGACAAGAAAGAUAUACAUCUACGGCUUCUGCUAUAUAAACGGGGUUCCGGUCAACCCUGAUGCUACGAAGGCACUCAUCGAACGAAUAGCCCAUAUCCAGCAUACCCACUACGGAGGCUUCUGGUCCUUCACAUCAGAUCUUGCUUCGAAAGAUACAGCUUACACCAGCCUCCCUCUCUCUGCACAUACAGACACAACCUACUUCAGCUCUCCUGCUGGUCUUCAACUCUUCCAUCUCCUCUCUCACACCGGUGGUACUGGCGGUCAAACAUUACUAGUUGAUGGUUUCCGUGCGGCGAAGCUCCUCCGUGAUGAAGACCCUACUUCGUAUAGAAUUCUGUCGAAUACACGAAUACCAGCGCAUUCCUCUGGGAAUAAUGGAAUCUCGAUACAGCCUUACGCGCCUUUCCCGGUGUUGAAUCACCACCCAGUCAAUGGCGAGCUAUUCCAAGUGAGGUGGAAUAAUGAUGAUAGAGCAACGAUGGAUCGAUGGAAUGACCCUGAUGAGGUUGAGGCAUUUUAUGACGCAAUUAGAAGUUGGAAUGAGGUGCUCAAGCGCAGAGAGAGCGAGUAUUGGGAGCAGUUGGUGCCAGGAAAGGCGUUGAUAUUUGAUAACUGGAGAGUUCUUCACGGAAGGGCAGCAUUUGAUGGGUCGAGGACGAUGUGCGGGGCCUAUGUUAGUAGAGAUGAUUUUAUGAGUUAA